UCUUCUGAUCAGAACGCAGACCAACCAGUCCAGAAUCAUCAUAUCAACAUCAUCGUCGCCGCCGUCGCCAUGGCCACCUCUGCUAUCCAACAAUCAGCAUUCGUCGGACAGACCGCAUUGAAGCAGGCAAAUGAGCUCGUCCGGAAAGCCGGCACCUCUGGCAACGGCCGCUUCACCAUGCGUCGCACCGUCAAGAGUGCUCCUCAGAGCAUCUGGUAUGGUCCUGACCGUCCCAAGUACUUGGGUCCAUUCUCCGAGCAAAUUCCGUCGUACCUGACUGGUGAAUUCCCCGGCGACUACGGAUGGGACACCGCCGGCUUAUCUGCAGAUCCCGAGACCUUUGCCAGGAACCGUGAGCUUGAAGUGAUUCACUGCAGGUGGGCCAUGCUUGGGGCUUUGGGAUGCGUCUUCCCUGAAAUCCUUGAGAAGAACGGCGUCAAGUUUGGUGAGGCAGUAUGGUUCAAGGCUGGUGCCCAGAUCUUCUCCGAAGGUGGCCUUGAUUAUCUCGGCAACCCUAACCUCAUCCACGCCCAGAGCAUCCUCGCAAUCUGGGCUUGUCAGGUUGUUCUGAUGGGAUUCGUUGAAGGGUACAGAGUUGGAGGAGGACCACUUGGGGAAGGGCUAGACCCAAUCUACCCAGGUGGAGCAUUUGACCCACUUGGUCUGGCAGAUGACCCAGACGCAUUCGCAGAGUUGAAGGUGAAGGAGAUCAAGAACGGGCGAUUGGCAAUGUUCUCCAUGUUCGGAUUCUUCGUUCAGGCCAUUGUCACAGGCAAAGGCCCCAUUCAGAACCUUUUUGAUCACGUUGCUGACCCUGUUGCUAACAAUGCCUGGGCUUAUGCCACUAACUUCGUCCCUGGUCAAUGAGAAGGUUUUCAGCUGUAGCUUUAUAUUCUCUCAUUCUUCUGCUAUAUUGUAGCCACUUGCUGAUAUGUAAUGAUAUGUAAUAUCAUACUUAUCACUACUUUAAUUUGUGUAAUUACACUAGCAGAAGAAGAAUCUGUGCCAUAGUGGUUUCAUCAUGUUCAUUAAUUAGCAGUCUCAGCAUUUUAUGCAUCAAUGCAACUUAUGGAUCAGAGAUUGUGCUUGGCUAGGGCAAUUU